AUGGAGGAACCUCUUGAUCUAAUUCGUUUGUCGAUCGAUGAGCGUGUAUACGUGAAAUGCCGGGGUGACAGAGAGCUGAGAGGCAAACUUCAUGGGUAUGAUCAGCAUUUGAAUAUGAUUUUGGGCGACGUUGAGGAAACAGUUACGAGCACGGAGAUUGAUGAAGAGACGGAUGAACAAAUUGUCAAGAAGCAAACUCGUAAAGUGGGGAUGCUCUUUGUAAGGGGGGAUAUUGUGGUACUGGUCAGUCCUCCUCUUCGGACAACCUAA